AUGUCGAACGAGGCGCCGAGACGGGAGGGCACGUCGCUCUCGAACGCGCUAUCGCACUCGCAGGCGUCGCUCGCGACGAUCUCGUUCCAGCCGCGCUCAGCGGCGCCGUCGCUCACGACCAAGGUCGCUGAGGCGCCCGUCUUUGUGCCGCGGAGCGCGCAUGCCUCGACGACGCCCGUGGCGCCGUAUGCGUACACGUACGAGGAGCCGCGCCCUGUGCGGCAUCCGCUGCAGUACCACUUGUACGCGCCGCCGUUUCCGCAUGUGAGCAAUGUGCAUCCCACGCACCAUGCGGCGAUGAGCUUUUUCAUGGAUCCGCACCUGCACGAGGAGCUGCACCGCAAGCAAGAGGCGCUGUACGCCACCGCGAACGAGCCGGUCGCCGGCGUCCCUGAGUCGCUGCACGUAUACCACAGCCUCGUGCCGCUCGAGCCGAGUGCCGCCGCGGCGGUGCCGUCGUCGCUCGUCGACCCGCGGUGCCGUGCGCAGGGCUCGCUGACGGGCGCCUCGGGCGAUCCCAGCCGCGUCUUUGGUCGCUGCAGCCACAUCUACAAGGCCACGUGUGCGCUGGACGGCAAGUGCUACGUCCUCCGGCGCUUCGAGCAUGUGCGCCUCCAUCAUCCGGCGGCGAUCAGCGCCGCCGAGCGGUGGCGCAAGAUCCGGCAUCCCAACCUCGUCGCGGUGCGCGAGGCUUUUACGACGCGCGCGUUUGGCGAUGACUCGGUCGUGUUUGUGUACGACUUUCAUCCGCUGGCGACGACGCUGUACAUGGAGCACAUGACGGUCAAGCCCCUCGUGCCUGACCGCCGCACGGGCCGUCUCCAGCCCGUGUCGAUGUAUGUGCCGGAGCGUGUGCUAUGGAGCUAUGCGUGCCAACUCGCGAGCCUGCUGCGGGCCGUGCACGCCGCCGGCCUCGCUGCGCGGUGCAUGGAGCCGAGCAAGGUGCUACGGACGGCGCACCACCGGCUCCGCCUGACGGGGUGUGCGAUCCUCGACGUGCUGGCGUACCAGCCGCCCUCGAGCGACGAUCGCGCCCUACUCGAAGCGCAGCAGCGCGACGAUCUCGCGGCGCUGGGCCGCCUGCUCCUGUGCACGGGCUGCAACAAUGUGGCGGCGGCCGCGGACCCGCACAGCAGCGCCGCGUUCGAGCGCUCGUACAGCACGGAGCUGCACACCUUUGUGCAGGACCUUAUGCGCGGCGCGUAUGCGCGAAUCAGCGAUGUGCUGCCGGCGCUGACGCUGCACAUGGCGGACGAGUUUGGGUGUGCGCAGCACCACGCCGAUCUGCUCGAGGCCGAUCUGCUGCGUGAGCUCGAAAACGGCCGUCUUGUGCGUCUGCUGUGCAAGCUGGCGACGUUGCGCGAGGAGACGACGGACGACGUCUCGGGCGAGCAGUACGUGAUUCAGCUGUUCCGCGACAUGGUGUUUCAUGCGACGGACGAGCAUGGCCGUCCGACUAUGGAUCUGAGUCAUAUACUGGUGCACCUGAACAAGCUCGAUGCCGGCAUCGACGAAAAGGUGCUCCUCACGAGCCGCGACGAGCUGAGCUGCCUGGUGGUGAGCUAUGCGGACCUGAAGCAGUUUAUCGAGACGGCGCUCGCGUAG